UUUUUUGUUAUGGAAAAUAUAUUUCACAGCAGUUUAGCUGGUACAAUGAUUAUCUACUCUAGAAGUGCUUGUUUUGUCACAUUAACGUAUUAUAACUAUUUGAAUUUUAGCAAAUGGCGGAGCGAUUUCUGUAUAGUGCAGCUUUAACACCUUGAUCAGACUGACAGCCAUUGCAGCAUAAUCGAUUCUGCAGUCAAACUGUUUUUAAUGGAUAUUGUGUGUAACAAAAGUUCAACAUUGACCUUUUGCUACUAUUUCUGUCAAGUCUAUGCAUACGUUAAGACUGCAUUCAUUUUUACUUCUCGGUACGUUCUAAAUGGUACAUACAGUGUGCAGUAAUAAGUAAGACAGACGUCUAACACGGCCACUGUCUCUUUAAAAAUUGAUGGCGCGUGUUCUGUGUGGAACAGUUGUAGACUGAGAUAGCAUACAGUACACCACACGAGUGUGGCUUCGUCUCUGUCAGCUACCAAAGUGAUCCACGGUACAGGCAAGCUUGUUUCCCCCUCAAGUCUUCUCACACUAGUUUUGUGCAGGGUCUGUUGCAGCCAUGCCUGCAAAGAAGGCUCCUAAGAGACAAAAGGAAAGUAAACGAGAGGAAGUAAAGGAUCCUAAGAAAGUUAAAGUGUCAGUUUCCCACAGCAGCCAUGGGGAGGAGAAGGGUCUGGUUCUAGUGCUGGGCCAAGGGGACGUAGGACAGCUGGGUCUGGGAGAGGACAUAAUGGAGAGGAAGAGGCCGGCCCUGGUGACACUGCCUGAGGGUGUGGUGCAGGUAGCGGCGGGGGGCAUGCACACAGUCUGUCUCAGUGACACUGGAAAUAUCUACACGUUUGGCUGCAAUGAUGAGGGUGCUCUGGGUCGAGAGACGACAGAAGAGGGCUCCGAGAUGGUGCCAGGGAAGGUGACCCUGGACGAGAGGGUGGUUCAGGUGUCUGCUGGGGACAGUCACACAGCUGCACUCACAGAUGAUGGUGCAGUAUACAUUUGGGGCUCCUUCAGGGAUAACAGCGGAGUCAUUGGUCUACUAGAGCCUCUGAAGAAGGUUACUGUGCCUGUCAAGGUCCCCAUGAAAGGGCCUGUGAUGAAAAUAGCAUCAGGUAAUGACCACUUGGUGAUGCUGACAGCAAGCGGUGACCUCUACACAUCAGGCUGCGGAGAGCAGGGGCAGCUGGGAAGGGUGCCGGAGCUCUUUGCCAACCGAGGGGGCAGGAAAGGGCUGUUGCGGUUGCUGAUACCUCAGAUUGUGAAGGUCCAGUCUAGGGGCAAGGUUCACUUCACAGAUGCCUUCUGUGGGGCUUAUAUGACCAUUGCUGUGUCAAAAGAAGGCCACGUCUAUGGAUUUGGACUGUCAAACUACCAUCAGCUUGGGACCAAACUCAUCAACACAUGCUUUGUUCCAAUAAAACUUACCUCCUUCAAAAACUCCACCAUUAACUGGAUUGGCUUCUCAGGGGGACAGCACCACACAGUCUGCCUCGACUCUGCCGGAAAGGUGUACAGCCUGGGCCGGGCGGAGUAUGGGCGUCUGGGUCUGGGCCAGGGGGCAGAGGAGAAGAGCGAGCCCACGCCUGUGGAAGGACUGGAUCUAGCCCAGGUGGUGGCUUGUGGUGCGUCGGUCAGCUAUGCUGUCACCAAACAAGGGUCUGCAUAUGCCUGGGGUAUGGGCACUAACCUCCAGCUUGGCACAGGUGAGGAGGAUGACGAAUGGAGCCCUGUAGAGAUGACUGGGAAGCAGCUGGAGAACCGCAUAGUACUGAUGGUGGCCAGCGGCGGGCAGCACACAAUCCUACUGGUCAAAGACAAGCAGGAGAGUUGAUGUAUCCUCAGGCAGGGGAAGGUUGCCCUUGUUGGUCUGUACCAGAAGGAUCUGUGUUAAAUACCUACAUGUGGGGGAGGGGUUUGUGGCUGAAUGUGACUUCCUGUGCUGAGCCAGGUAACCCGGAGUGGGAACGUGGUGAUGGGAGAGGGGCUAGUCUAUGUUAGAGGGCUCUGAUCUGUCCCGCUCAGUGCAAAAAUCCCCUGAUGUUUUUGAUGUGGUUCAGUAGAUUGUGAUCAACAAGCAAGAUACAUUUUUUUUUUUUUUUAUCUAGUUUAUGCUUAGUUAUUUUUUUAAAUGAGAAUCUUUAGGAUGCCAGUCUGGUAGGUUUGUGGGGGAAAUAAUGGACGAGCCUUUUAAUGAAAUCUUUUAAUGAAAUCCCAAGUCGCAGCCAUUUAAGAAGACCCCCCCCCCGGCAUCUGUAAGAUGAGUACUAGUAUUUCUUGUCAGCAAGGUCCUCUCAUUUGAAAGUCUGGCCUAAGGUGUCUUGAACCAUGUAUUUUAGACAGCUGUUCACUGUACCCCCUUGCACAAUUAUUUGCUGGUCCAACUUGGAAAUAAAAGUAAAAUUUUA